AUGACAAGCAAUCGACCACCACCCCACAAACGAGGUAUCGUCUCCUACGGCUCCUACAAGACAGGAGGAUGGAAGCUCAAAGACAUCACUCUCCGUCCCCUGAAAGAAAAAGAACUUCUAGUUGAGAUCGUCGCAUCGGGAAUAUGCCAGACAGACCUGCAUUUCGCAGGCACAGAGAGCGGAGUCGGUGUGCACUAUCCCCGGAUCAUGGGUCAUGAAGGUGCCGGAUACGUCCGAGAAGUUGGCUCCGGGGUGCAGGUCGCCCAAGUCGGCGACCCAGUCAUCCUCUCCUUCUCCGCGUGCAGGGCUUGCGAGCCAUGCGAGACCGGCCACCCGGCACACUGUGUCAACUUCAACCCGAUAAACUUCGAGGUGGAGCCUGAUAACCUUGUGUUUAGCGAGGAAGCAUCCACCGCGACGGAACCGAGCAUCUACGGACGAUUCUUUGGCCAAUCGAGUUUCGCGAGUUACUCGAUCGUCCGCGAAGAUUCGAUGGUCAAUGUUGGCGGGGUGGUUGACACCAAGGCUGAGCUGCAGUUGCUGUCGCCUCUGGGGUGUGGAAUCCAGACCGGGAGCGGGGCGAUUUUGAAUGCGGCAAAGGCGACCCCGAAGGACCGGGUGGCGGUCUUGGGGCUCGGAGGUGUUGGAUUAAGCGCCAUUAUGGGCGCGAAGAUUGCAGGCUGUGCGCAGAUCAUCGGUGUUGAGCGACAUGCUUCCCGUCUGGAGCUGGCGAAGGAACUAGGCGCAACGCAUGUCGUGCAGGUUGAUACGACGGCGGAUCCGCAGAGUAUAUCGGAUGCUGUUUUGGCGGCGACGAACAACCUGGGGGUGAACAUCGUGCUGGACACGACUGGGGUCCCCGCGCUGAUUGCCCAGGGUGUCAGAAUGGCUUCCUUCAAAGGAAAGAUUCUGCAGGUUGGCACCGCGCCGGAGACGGGGACGUUGACCAUUCCGAUUCAUGAGUUCAUGGUAGCAGGGAAGCAGUAUAUCGGUGUGGUGGAGGGAGAUGUAGACCCAAAGGGGUAUGUGCCUAAGAUGGUCAAAUGGGUACGAGACGGAAGCCUGCCUCUGCAGAAGAUUGUCAAAUUCUACAAGGCAGAGGACUUUGAGCGGGCGAUCCGUGAAAUGCAGUCCGGGGAGACGAUCAAACCAGUCAUUGUGUGGUAG